AUGUUCCUUGCACUUGUAUAUCUUAGAGGUUCCAAAUUGUUCACCCAAGACUUUGCCUUCAUUAGCAAUCUUGUUAAAAGUGGAAUUAAUUUCGAUGGAUGGUCCUCAAUAUUUGAAAAUGACAGUAGCGCAGCAGAUUACCUUGACUCUGUUAUAAGGUGGGGCUACUCCAAGGCGAAUGGUGGAAUUUGGAACCUACUCACGGAAUCCUUAUUUUUUUUACUGGGUGGAAACCAAAGCCGGGGGAAUAAGGGGAAUGCUUUUGACUCUGGUUUUGGUUUUGAGUUUGACGAAAGAGCUUUUGAAUAUGCAAAGCAAUUUGCGAAGGAAAACUUAGAUAAAGAUACAGUAAAAGAUUUCGUAGCUGGUAAUAUGGAAAACAUUGAGCAUAUGAUAAGGGAUCUGGGGAUUGACGUGAAUCAAGUAUUAAACAAUUUCAUGCAACAUAACCGUUAA